CGCAAAUCAUCAAAACACGAAAAGCGCCAGAGUGGCAAAACUUCAACUUUAUGAUAGUGUGUAGCUAUAAGUUGGACAAUAUCAGAAUAUUCUGUUGCUGUGACGCUAUGUGGUUGUAUUUCAGUAUGGUGGAACAUCCUUAAAGUUAAACAUAAUGUUUAAGAUAGAGUCAUACAUUACUCCCCUGUUGAUGGGCUAUGUGGAUAGGUAUGUCAAACUGCGACAUGAAGACUUCCAGUUAUCUCUGUGGGGAGGAGAUGCAGUGCUUAACCAAUUAGAUCUCCGUCUAGACGCCAUUGAGCAUGCCAUCAAUCUACCAAUAACCAUCAAGAGUGGUCAUAUCCAUGAGCUAAGAAUCCAUGUGCCAUGGACAAAGCUUGGUUCAGAGCCAGUUGUGAUAACAAUCAAUACCAUUGAGUGUAUAUUGAAGCUGCGAGACUCAGCUUACAAUGAUAGGGACAGUUCCAGUAGCAAAUCAUCAAAGACUAUACCGAAAAGUUCUUCUACGCAAUCUUUGAAGAAAUCACGCAGUAGAUCAGAUGAGAAUCUCCCUCCUGGGUACAUUCAGAGUAUUACAAAUCGUAUCGUCAACAAUGUCAAUAUUGUCAUCAACAAUCUUAUUCUGAAGUUUGUAGAGGAUGAUAUCGUGUUAUCUCUGAAUGUGAAAUCUGCGGAAUGUUAUGCAGUGAACUCUGAUUGGGCCAGAUCAUUUAUAGACCUAACCCCUGAAGAUCUUGUUUUACGCAGAAUGUUCAACUUCCAUGAUCUCACGGUUUGUUUAGAUAAACGAAAUGCUAGUGGGAAAAUUGAGACGUAUCAGGAUCCCUUAUUAUAUAGGUGCUCUUUGUCGUGUAGAAUUCAUAUGAUGUUCGACUCUCUCAAUGCAAAGAUUCCAAGUGCAAUUAAAUUCAAUGUACUUUGUGAAAAACUAGACCUUUCCAUGACUGAUACUCAACUACCAAUGUUCUGCCGUCUGCUGGAACUUGUUAUUGCAUUGUAUUAUGGGACAUUAGAACUUCCUGGAUUGGAUUCUCAAACUGAGGCUGAUACAACCAUGACAACAGAAACUGAUGUAGAUACUGGACAACCUGUAGAAGCUGACACUCCCGAAGGUGAAGAGGGUGAGGGAUGGGGAUCUUGGGCAUGGUCUUAUGUGCCUGCUAUCCUACCCCCGGGAGAGGAAGAACAAGAUGACCAAUCUGUGAGAAAGAAACCUCAACCUUUGAUUCUGGAAAUAGGUGGCUAUAUCACCAAAGCUGAAGUGGUUUUCAAGCUAUCUGAGAUAGUCCAAGAGACAACAUACUUUGGUCCACAAAAGACAAUAUUUCGUCCAUUUGCUUGUAUGGAGGGGGAAGCCAUAACAGUAGAGAUACUGCUAAAGGGGCUAGAGUUCUUCAAUGCACAUUUUGGCAUCACUGGUUUGAGGAUUUUCAGUCAAGGAGAAUGUGUUUGUGGCGUGCAGGAUGGAGAAAAUGUCCCUGAUCCAUACUUCUUCAAUGGAGGAGUGAAGUUUGAAGAAACAAAACCAGUGAAUUAUCUUUCAAACUCACUCUUUGAUCCAAAUGGGGCAGAAAACCAGAUGACAAAACAUGACUAUAUCUUUGAUACCGAGAAACAUUUAGAGAAGUACACUGAACACUUUGCGCUACAAAGAUUUGGUGCCUUUUGGUUAGAUUACCUGUAUACCAUGGAACAAGUGGAAGACAGAUCAAUGAGUAGCAGAUCAUCGACUACUAGCGUGGAUGACCCAAAUGUCAAAGAGGCAUCACAGAACAAGUUCUUAAUAGGCCCCGCCCACUUGAAAGUUACAAGCAGCAUGAUGCAUCGCUUGAAAACUUUCCUUUAUUUCGCCAACAAUCAUGAGUAUGAACCAUACAGCAAAGUCAAGGAAGAAAUUGUUGAUGAAUCUCGGCAACCACCUUCUAUAGAGGAAGUGAAAUCACUGGAAGAGUUUAUUCCUACGAGGACGUUACAUGUAACUUUUCUCAACUCUACCAUCAGCUAUGUGGCAGCUGACCAUAAACAGUGUAAUGUGAAUGUUGCUAGAACCACCACACCUAGAAAGUCAAGAAAGGGUAAAAAGGUUCGUAUCGAGGAACCAGCCAAGCCUGCCUUACAUGUCCUACCUGCCCUAGUGCUUCAAGCAGAGAGGCUAGACCUCCAGACCACCUCGGCUAUGUAUGCACGUAAAUUGGUACGCAUGGUCAGUAAGAUCAGCACACCAUCUGGAAACCUGCUGCAUCAUUGUCACAAGCACAUAUAUCUGAAGGUAUUUGGGCUACAAGUAGGACUGGCCUGUAUGGAUACUGGUGGUCAGAUGUCUCCAGCUCUAAACCUGCUGCAGCCAUGCAGCUUUGCUAUCUAUUGGAAAACAUUGGUUCUUCCAAUGUACUGGAAAAAUCCCCACCAAACCAAAUCAGAAGUGAUGUAUGAGGUCUUGAAGCUGCAGGUGAACAUGACUCGAGCCCAGGCCAUGUUGGCACAUUACAUCAUUCAUACAUGGUCUCUACCCAACCCAUACCCACAAAAACUUCUCCAGUCAUCCCUUCUAGAAGAUGUCUUCCAGCCUUCAGCUAAGAAUUUCCCUAAUGGUCAGCCUAUUCUGGAGGCUCAGAUUCUGGGCAUAGAUAUUAAACAAGCCAAGACAAAGGUGGUCAGAUCUUACAAUGGCACAGUGGCCUCCAUUUAUGUGGCACUCAGGUCACUUGAAUCCAAAUCGGAAACAGUUACUCCAAUAUUCAUGGGACCAGUGAAGACAACUGGUGUGAGCUCCAAGGACUAUUCAAUAUCGACAGAAGUGAGGCCAGAUGUAACCCAACGGCAAAAUGAACUUUUGAACUUUACUGCACAAAUUACAAGAGAGAACACACUUGAAGUGCCAGCAGUGUUCCUGGUUAACGUACAGGGAGUAUGUGCCUCAUUGGACCCGUUGCUAUAUACUUGGUUGGCCUACAUCCCCCACACAUUAUUGGUUACACCACCCCCAGAAAGGGCAAACAUUUCAAUAGAUGCAGCACUUGCUAGAGCUGCAACUCCAUUGAAAAAUGGUACUUCUCAGGAAUCAGUGAAGUCCAGUAGCAAUCUUACAAGUAAGACCCCCAGCCAGACUCCCACCCAGACUGCCACCAAGUCUGUCCCCAAGACCACCAGUCAACCUACUGCAGAGAAGACUGAAGGGGUGACAAACAGGCCUAUAUCUAGACUACUAGCAGACUGGUUCCCCACCCUUAGAAUGCUAGAAGUACAGAUUGAGAUCCAGCCAUGUUGCAUCAUAGCCCCCACCCAGCACAUACGUCUGCCAGGGGUGGCGCCAUCUAUUCCUAUCGACAUGCAGGCUGUGUUCAAGACUGGGGAGAUGCUCAACACACUUGUGGUGGCUCUACCAUAUAUUACAGUGGUCAGUAAUGGACAUAAGGGUCUCGAUGCUCUACAGGAGAUCCCUAUGAGGAAUUUGGGGCAUUCUAUAGCUGGUGAUAGACUUCCAUGGACAAUUAAACUACAGGAUGCCAGCAUCUACUCUCUUCACUCUCAAACUGUCAGUCACUUUGUUGUCAAGCCUGUCUCUGUUACAUCAACAGUGGCUGUUACAACAAAGUACCUUCCUCCCACUUCAGAGAAUCUUGCUGCUCUUGGAUUAUGUGUGCAUUCCCACAUGGAGGGUGUGUAUGGAGGUGUAGGGAAAUUGCAGAUUGAGACAGUAGCAGACUUAGUGACACAGUUCACAAGCACAGCAUUCGCAUUCCAAAAGUCUCUCUCGGCCAUCUAUAAACUGACAGCGUCAUCAAAACCUGAUACAGCUUCAUCAGAGCCAGAGGCUCCAUCUAUUCAAUAUCCACAGAUAAGUGCUAACUCGUCCAGCCAAGUUGAGCAUAUUGAUGUUGUCAUCACAGAUACCUCGCUCACUGAAACAUCUCGUGCCGGUUCGCCGACUAAAGAUAUAGAUGGUGCUGUAGAUGAUGCUGGGAAAAUCAAACUGUCGCUAUGGUUACAAUGGACACUACCAAAGCUGAAAUGGAAGAUUUAUAGUCUUGAUAAUAGUAAAAGAGAGAUGCAUAUAGCUGUGUGUUUAGAAGAUGUUACACUCUCCCUUGAUGCCCAGUAUAUUUACACAAAGUGUCACUCAAAGUUUGGCACAAUCAACAUAUCACACUUUGUCAAAAGUGGAGAUACUUGGUGUUGUGGCCAGUAUGAAGGCACCAUUCUGUCAUGUGAUGGUAAACUAUCCAGGGAUGUAGAGAUAGUCACUAAUAAACUUUGGUCAAGCAGCCACCAGCCAAUGCCAAAUAUCUUCAUGGCUGAUUCUAAACCAAGAGACAAGGCACAUGGCUUUAUGUCAUGUACCUUCACUAGAGCGCUGCAGAGAGAUGUCCAUAAAAAGCAGAAGAAAUUGAACCUCAUCCCAGAUGAAACUGAUGAAGCCAGUGCUGAAGGGGAGAAGAAAUAUCUUAUGGAACUUGUAGUGAACACCCAGCCAUGUGAUAUUGUGCUCUACACACCAGCUGUUAUCAAUGCAUUAAAGAUCUUCAACAUCAAGGCAAAUUCGGGGAAUUCCAGUCCAAUUCCUAAAGACACCCACCACCAGGAAUCUCAAACCAGAUCUGAUCUUCCCAUUUUGACAUCGUCCAACAUUCCAUUGUUUUUCUUGAACUCCUCAAAUAUCCGUGUAUUCAUACCCAAAUGUGAACCUAAUAGCAAAGAAAAUGCAGAUGAGCCAACUAUGGAAUCAGAAAGUGUCGAUUCAGGGAUUAAAUCAAUGAGUUCAACGCGACCAAUCGUCAAAGUGACAACAGAGCACGACAUGUGUGUUAUGCAGCUUAACACGGUGUCAGUGGUGCCCCAGGCUGAUAACCCUCUCCCUAGGGUUAUAGUGAACAAAGAUGUUUACAGGAGAGCUCUCCAUGCAGGGUUAACAAUACAGAAUGGAUCCGAUGUAGAAGACAGACAAUACCAGCUAGAUAUCUCAGGGCUCAGUCUUUGUACUGGCUGUUGGUGUGAUUUUGUGCUACUUAGCAACAAGACAACCAAUGAGGUGUCUGGGAUUGUAGUACAAAACCCAGCCUUGGAGUGGAAUACAAGGAUAGCUAGAGAAGAGAGAGAAGCAUGUCGUCUGAUCCCAAUAGCUGCAGCAUUUGACCUCAGAGUGGUUGCAGCCCCACCUAUAGUGUAUCAACCACCAGUUGGGCCAGAUAAACCCAAACAGCAACCAAUAUUGGUUUGUGGUUACUCUUUAGAAAUGAAUGCCACAAGUGACCUUGAUUUCUACAUCAGUACUAACCAGCUUCAUCUAUUACACACUACUCUCAUGAACAACAUACAAUGUGUUACCUCAGUUCAACCCAAAGCUGACAUAGACACUGUCGAUCCCCAGGAAGAUACUGUUACUGAUUGGGUAAUGAUUGAAGAGAGUACAACAGGUGGUGACAGUACGCCAAGACGAUCAAGUCAGGAAACUAUGGCAAGCCAACCCAGCAAUAAAACAACUCUAGCAUCCAUGCUACAUUCACACAAUUUCACACCAUUUAAUGUGCUGCUAACUGCUGGUAAAAUCAGCUUCAUGGUAUACAAGCAUAAAAAAUGUGUACAGCAAAGUGGGGCCUCUAGUCCAAUCAGUGAUGACUUAGAGACAACAAUAUGUGAGUUGGAGCGCAAUUUUGGUGGACAAUCCAUGGGUGAUGUCCUUAAAGAUAAUACAAAAUCACAACUGGAUCAUGAAACUGUUCCAUAUAUGUAUGCCUACUUCUCACAACCUCACAGUGUCAUAUCAUGCCAGACAAACUGUCAAAAGGUGGAGCUCUCAUGUUAUGAUAUCACUAUACGUGGCCCAGAUGCAGGACAUAAGUUUUCAGAUGAGAGUAAGUUGAUCCCAGAGGCACUGGACUUCCCAAUACAUUGGAUAGAGACGAGACCCGGGGAAGUUGACAGUAAAACAGGGGUCCCACCUAGUCUAUACACUCUCACACUCACUGGCUUCUUCAAUGGGGCAGCUGAAAUACAACUAGAUAUUGGCAGGCCACUUAAGUUACUUCUAAGUUCUGCCAGACUGGAUCAUAUGUCAGAUAUUGUAGCAGAUAUAUUCCCAGAGCCUGUAGUUAGGAGGCCUACACGACAACCCAAACCAGAAUCUCAUUCAUCAGCCCAUCAAAGCAGUAGACCUAUGUACAUGCAGUUAUUUGAACUAAUUAGUAGUGUAAAAGUGAAUACUGUUCAACUAGUUGCUGCAUAUGACACAAUAUCAGCACUAGGGAAUGCUGCAGGCGUACAAUGUGGCCUUUCUGAACUAUGUGGAUCUUUCAACCUAACAGAUGAUGCCGUUUCACCCGCUAUCCAGACCAACAUUUCUCUACAUAACCUACUGGUCAGUACGAGAUAUUGUGAUAAAUCACGGCCUCUGAUUGGUCCAUUGAUGGCCAAUAUUGAUGUCAAUGCCACCUGGUGCCAACAUAGCGGUUCAGAAAAUCUGCCAAAGAUUGUACUCAUUUUAGAUCUAGGUGCUGUUCAAAUGUACUUUGGACAGGAGCAUGUCUUGUGUACUGAUGUACUGUUGAAAGAAAUUCAGAAUGCUUUCAAGAAGGCCUCUGAAAACAAGAAAACUGAGUCAAAAUCUAGUCCACGUACAAAAAAGAAAGCAAAACAGCAGGCUGAAUCUCCUCAAGCAAACACUACCAGUGAAGAUGACCUUCGCAGCGAGAGGUUUGAGUUGAUUGUUGUUGAAGAUGAGAUAGAUCAGAAGAGUCAUGAGAUGCUUCCCCAACCUGCUGAGAUUCUCUCCUAUGAGUACAGCAUACACGGAAGUCUUACAUGGUGCUACAAUGAGCCAAGAGUUAUAACUCGUCUGGAGGUCCACCCUGUGCCAUUUACACUUCCUCCAAAUGCUGGACAGUUCAUCAUGGAUGAGACUGCAACUGUACCAUGCAUGCUACAAUACAUGGAUCCUAUAUCACACGAAUUCCUAGAUUUUAGGGAUUUACAUCUAUCAGAGAAUACUGUACAUACUGUUGACCUACCCCCAGUCACCAAGGCAUUCAAUGCUGACCUUGUACCAGCUAGUGUAUGGAGAAUACAGAUAUGGCCAGAGCUACAGACGGAAGAAUAUGGGCAAGUACCUGAAGUAAAUCCCAGAAUUUUACUUGGAAGUAUACAACUCGACUCAUGUUUCCUACCUGCUCAAGUUCCCACCAUCCAACUCGCCAUAGCUGCUGACCUAGCCCAGUUACGCCUGUCUAAUCACUUCAAACACCUACCUAAAGAUGUCCCUAGUAAGCUGCAUCCUUUUGAGUUCGACUCUACUAUGCCUCAGGAUCAAGAGUUUGCAGUGGUGACUAUAGAUGGCCCCACUGUAUCAUUGGCUCAAAUACAAGGGAUCCACUCGAGGCUGAUGUUAGAUGGCUCCAUGUCUGUACAGUGUGAUGUAUUGGAAUAUAAAUACCUGACUCUGCAGACGCUUCUUGAGCCAGUCAGACUGGAGUUGCAGGCAACACACAUAGACUCAACUGAGAAUGCUAAAGUGGAGUGCAGUGUGGGUGUUGAUCCAUUGUGUGUUAAAGUUGGACCAAGUACAGUACAUACACUCCAUGUAGCAUCUCAAGCCUGGGACCAACUUUAUAAAACUAAUGGAUCCCUCCCAGUGAUGAACUACAUUAUUGUGUGCAAUGAUACGCAGGAUGCACUGAGGUUUGGCCAAGUGGACACUGAUGAGUGUGUAGUGAUACAGAGUAGACAGAUGCACUCAUAUAGCUGGAGGAGUCAUAGGGCACAGAGGGGCUUGAAAGUAUGUGUAGAGGGCAUGGGUUGGAAGUGGAGUGACCCAUUUAAUGUGGACACCAAUGGAACUGUAGUUCGUGUUAUAGAGAACAAAUCAACAAAGGCAACACUCAUCAUACACAUCAAACAGCUUAGUAAUGUGCAAAAACAAAUAACCAUAACUGGUCAACUGAUCACUACUAGUAGGUUAACAGAACACCUUGAGGUUAAACUUCUCACACAAAAAGAUUCACGAGACACCUGCAUUGUUGUUGGUGCCAAACAGACAGCGCCAUCUUUCAUCAUAGAGCAUGGAGAGAUCAAAGGUUUGAAAGUGAGGCUGAUGGGCCAAAAGAUGGCAUGGUCACGUGAGAUAGCAGUGACUGGAGCUGAUAUGAAAGAAAAACGUAUGAUAAAGUUGCAGUUACAUGACAAGAGCCAAUACCUUCAUGUUUGGUGCCAGGUUUUCUGUCAACACUUCAAAGAAAGUUCUCAGUACUGUGUGCUGUUCAGUCCACUGUUUGUUGCUAGAAGUCGCCUUCCACAGCCUCUAUUUGUAAAUGUUGAGACCCCCCGUUUAAAGAGUUCUCACCAGAUGGAGCUGUUAGGACGUGGCAGGGAGCAACAGCUAAAUGUUCUCAGCGGAGACGUCACACAUCAUCUCACCUUUCAACUCGGACCAACUGCCAAGAAGUCUAGCCCUCAUGUAGAUCUCUCCGUCAACUGCUUAGAUCAGCAACAAUACAAGACUGUUGAAAACCCAUCAAUAGAGUCUAUAUGUUAUGAUUGGGAUAAACAGGACAGUGCUGGGAGAGAUAUGUGGCCAUACACAGAUAUUCAAAGUAAUGAAGAGCCGCCGAGUGAAUUGGGAUACCUCCACUCAGAGCCCGUAUCCAUGCCCAACACCAGAACAGUCCUUCCAGAGAGUAUGAGGUCGCCUCAUGUUGCCAUGACAAUGCAAUCAGUUGUCAAGGUAGUGCCAGACAUCAUGGCCAGACAUAUUGAGGAGACGCAAGAUUUUGACCAACCUGAUAUCCAGUUGAACAUUACCAAGCAACAGUACUGGGUAGGAUGUCAGACUAUUUUACUGGAUGUUGCUCCACCUUGGCUGCUAGUGAACCACACCCCCAUUGACCUUACUCUGGUGGAAAGCUCUGAGGUGAUAUGGCAUAUUGGCAAAGGGAAAACUAUGGCUCCCCCUUAUUUACAGAGUCCAUUUAGGUUAGGCAUCCAGGUUAAAGAUACAUUAUACACAACAGACCCUGUUGAACUAUCGAGCCAAGACCCCUCCACCAGGCGCUACCUCCCCAACAUUCAAGGGGUACUAUAUCUGGAGGGCACAACAACUGUUGUGACACACAUCAGAGAGAAAAAUCUGCCUGUUAAGGUGUGUUUCUUGACUCUAACAUCUGUUAUGAAACAAGGACUUCGAGUUAUCACAGUGCAGCCCAAAUAUCAGUUUGUCAACUCAUCUCAGCACCCUCUAUAUGCUGCUUGUUACACUAUACCACAGGCUCAAGGCAGAGUGUACUUGGAUCCUAGUCAAAAGGGAACAGAUAUCACAACAAUAGACGGUUCUAAUGGUGACACUUCUGCCCCACUACUCUUCUGGACUCUGCCCCAUAUGAACCAAUCAGAUUUGCCGAGUACAGAUACUACAGACUUUGUGCAAUAUAUCAUUUUGACCCAUGGCCACAAGAGGACUGACAUCCCAGAAUUCAAGCAAUGGAGUUGGCCAAUCAGAAUUAAGGACACGGCAAAUGGGACUCUGACAACAGUGUCUGUGCCAGGACUAUCCUCUGAGACUGAUAUGACUCCUUAUAAUAUUUCAAUGCAUUUGAAUGAUGGGAUCUCAUUCAUGGUUGCCAGUGUUAAUUGUGACUCUGCAAUGAAAAUCCAGAAUAACUGUGAUGUUCCACUCAGCUUUGGCCAAUCUGUCAUGACCAUCUCACUGCCAGAUACUACAGUACAUGAAGAGAUGGAGCUAGUCACUAAUCUCCCUGUUGUACCACCCCACAGUGCUAUAUAUUACACCUACCCCCAUAGCACACAAACAUUCCCAGAGUUACCAUCUGGGGACACAGGCCCUAGGUUACACUUGAGUGAUGGCAAAAUGUCAUCAAAGAAUAAACUAUGGAGCCAGGGUAUAGAUGUCUCUGCUGAACAAGAUAUGUUUGUCACAAUACCUGAUGCUUGCGAUGUGAAGGUCCAUAUCGAGAGAUCUGGCUUACGUGUACUUGUGACAAUUGAUCCAAUCAACAGAGCUGAGGUUUCAGCCAGGGAGAUUCGUAGCAGGAUUAAAGGCAGGGAAAGUAGUGUAGUAACUGUAGAGUCACCGACAGAGACAUUUAUUACACCACCUACUACACCUCAAGGUUCCAUCAUAGCAAGUGAGGAGAAAAUCUCAAGUCGAUCUAUGACACCUUCGUAUAUUACACCCCCCACCUCACCUAGGGAUAAUACACCCCAGAGGUCCUCUUCCCCGGAGGAUACCCAAAUACCACCGAAGUCAGCAAAACAUGAAUCGAAACAGAACAAAGCUAAAACCUUAUCACUGUCUUUAUCUGCAUUUUUCAAACAAAUUUCAAUUGCGUUGAGAAAUGAGAAAGAAACUGUGACCACUGAGAUCCUACGUGCAAGCUUCGAUGAGGUCUCACUGUUCUACUACCCUGUUAAACCUGUACAACACUAUGGGAAGCCUAUAGAGCAGCACAAACAGAUCUUAGCAGUUUGUAUAGAGAACAUACAACUAGACAAUCAGCUCUACCCUGAAGGCAGGUUUGACUUCCCUGUUGUAAUGCUACAUCAGAACGCAGCCCGAUUUGACAACAAAGCACCCAUCAGUGACACCUAUAAGAAGCUCCAAGAAGUGAAAGAGAGAAGCCUUGUAUUUAUGGAAGUGGUUUUCCAUGAAGAUGAAGGCACCCAAGCUUUAUCAGUCCUGGGAGUUGAUAUCUCAAUGCAACCUGUUACUUUGUUUUUGGAAGACAUCUUCGUGUAUGACAUCAUCAAACACCUUGAUACAUUCAUCCCAACUAAGCUGACACGUUCUCCAACAGCCAACAAAAACAAAACUCCUGCUGUUAUUCCAAGAGCUGUGAGAUGUGCAGAUAGAGGAUUGACCCAUCCAAUAAAGCUAGAAUACAUCAGGAUACAACCAAUGAACCUGCUCCUUAGUGUACAUGCAUCAUUGAAGCUGUAUAUCGCAUCAGAUCAAACUCCAUUGAGUUUUGGAAGCUUUGAGAAGAGGAAUGUGUACACCAAUAGCCAACAGCUGGUGCAGACUUUGACCAUGCAUUACGCAUCGGGGGCUUUAUUUAAGGCAGGGCAGGUUGUAGGGUCUCUAGAAAUGUUGGGAAAUCCCACUGGACUUCUACGGAACAUUGGAACCGGGGUGGCUGAUUUUGUGAGAUUGCCCUAUGAGGGACUGACUAAGGGUCCUGGAGCAUUUGUUAAUGGAGUCACACAUGGAAUGGCAUCUCUUGUCAUGCAUAUCAGUGCAGGUACACUGACAUCUAUAACUAACUUUGCAUCUAGUGUGUCUCGCAAUAUGGAACGUCUCUCCAUGGAUACAGACCACCAAGAGAGGCUACAAGAGUCCAGAAGGCAACGGCCAGAGAAGGUGACUGAUGGUCUUAAACAGGGUCUCUCUGGCUUUGGGAUUAGUUUAUUAGGCGCCAUAGCAGGAAUAGCUGACCAACCAAUACAGGAAAUGACACGUAGGGGAGACACUGAACGUAGAACCUCUGCCUCUAAGACAGCAGUUGGAGUCGUGGCAGGGGUGGGCAAAGGUCUCAUGGGAGUUGUCACUAAACCUAUAGGGGGAGCUGCUGAAUUUGUCUCUCAAACUGGCCAAGGUUUGCUGCUGGGAGCAGGUCUGUCAAAGUACCCUACUGUUCGAUGUGCUACAGACACCGAAUAUGUGGAAAGCAAUAUCAACUCUGACACCAAGUAUCCAUGGAAAAUGCUUCAAAAUCUGGUGAACACCGAUGUAAUUAUGUCACUGGAUGCCAGCCAAACAACAUUAAGUGGCAGCCAUCUUCCCACAAUCCUCCUGCUGACCCAGGACAUCCUGUUUGUAGUCGGCUUCCUUGAAGACAGCCAACUGCAGGCAUUCUCAGUGACUGAAGUGAACUUAGAGGCCAAUACAAAGAAUGCAAGUGUCAUCUAUAUAAAAGCAAAGGGACAGCCAAAUUCUCAUGAAAAAUCAGAGGUGGACGAGAGUAAGAUAAGUAAAGACAGAAUUGCAGAGUUCAUUGACCACACCUCUGGCUAUAUUUCCCAAGGUCAGAGCAGCAUCGCCAGUUGUGAUAGCCAAUCAGAUGUCAGCAGCCUCAUUCUGGGAAAUGGUCGCUAUGAAUUUCACAUCGACCCACGUCUCCGAACAUUGUUUAUGGGACAGUUUAAAAUUGCCCAGGAUAAAAUCAACAAAAAAGGUUUUGUGCUUUGAAGCAGGAUAGUGAUGAUUGAAAUAGUGAAACAGUUGCAGUAUGAAGUUCACUUUAGACAUGUUGUCUGAGGUGUGCUUAUAUGGUGUUAAUGUUUAAUUUAUUAUGUCACCACCACAAAUGGUGACAUGUUGUUAUAGUGUCCAAUUUUUUUGGUCGGUGUUUGG